GUCGGGAGAACACUCUGUGGGGAGGGGGCGAGGACGGGGAGGGAGGGGGAAACGGGACGGAGGGGACAGCCGUCAGUCUGCGGCAGAGGCCGGCGGGGAGCGGAGAUGGACCGCGGACAGCGCGUCCCUGUGUGAUAGAGCGUGUGCUUUACGUCCUGUGAGUCGGGCUCGUGAGUAGUGUGGGUACGGCGCCUAGUGAGCACCAUCGAGGACGACUCAGUGGAGAAACGGGGCAUGGACACCGCUUAUCACUACGACCGCGACAGUCACGGCAUGGCAGGAUUGCGGCCGCUCAGCGCUGCCAGCGGCGAACAAGAUAGGAUCGACGCCCAACUGCGAGCGGAGUUAGACUGUGCACUCGCGAUGGGCCGCCAGGAUGGCGGCAUGCAUCCGGGGUCCGGCGACGAACGCGGCGGCGGUCACGAAGGUGUGCGAUCGCAUGCAGCAAUCCACCAUCAGAGCCAACAGCGCGAUCACCUGCCCCCGGCCGCCGCUACGGUGACGGCGGCCGGCGCGGCGACGGCGCCGGGCCCGGCUUUCCGCAGUGGGCCCCCGGCAGUGGGGGCGGGGCCGUGUGGGCCGGGUACAGGGCCGGCGGCUGGCGGCCGUGACCGAGAGCCGGUGGCACGACCCCGGCGGCCCGGCUGUUAUAGCGCGGAGGACUCGUACAUACGGGGACGAUGGGCAGGGACCGAUGACGUUCUGGGGUAUGAUGACGAUCGCGAACGGGCUGGUUCGGCGGCGCCGGCGACACGUUUCGGCGACCUUCGACGGCACGGCGGCGGCCCUGAGCCCCGGAACGCGGACCCGGAGCAGCGCGGCCGCACCGGGCGGCGGCGGCGCCGCCGACACAGCAGCGAUGGGGGACCGGUGCGCCGCCGACACAGCAGCGAUGAGGGACCGGCGCGCCGCCGACGGCGGGACGACCUGUCGUACUCAUCAGAGUCGGAGUCUGACGAAGAGGACGGCAUCGACCGGAGGGUGGAGUAUCGGGCCGCCCCGACGCGGUCACGGACGGGGGCGGCGCCGACGGCUCUGCGGCUGCCUGCGAUCCAAGUCAGAGCCGAGCGGCGGCUACGGAACAGGCGCCUGUAUGUGUCAGUGGAGGAGGCUUACGAUGCCGCAGAGGGCCGGCCGAACACGGCCAUGGAGUAUGUCGACCGUGUGGCCGGCUUGCUUACACACACAGUGUUUCACUUCCCUGAGUGCGGGUUGCAGGUGGUCGGGUACCUGAGUUGGCUUGUCGGGCUGUGUGCGCGGCGCUCGCUCCGCGACGUACAGGUGGCCGAUAGCCGGGCGCGUCAGGCCAUGGCCAUGCGGCCGAGAGAUUUCAUGACGCAUGAUGAUCUGGACCGGUUCGCGGUGCCCGCGGCCCCCGUGCGGAAUGGUGGGAACCCAGGCCCCGGGGGAGGGUUUCGUAAUGGCCGAGUGACAUGUAUGCGUCAUGUUCAACGGAACGUGUGCCGUUUCCCGUGCCCCGAGAACAGGUAUCACCCGCCGUGUACCGAGUGUGGUUCUCAGGUCCACCCUACAGGUUACCACGGAGCACCAAUCGGCGGUGGCGGUUUUGGCCCGGCAUUGGGCCGCGGCCGGGGACCGGUGAGCCGCGGCGGUGUUUUUCCCUAGUGCCCAGGUGAGUGCAACACCUGCCGCGGCGCGAGACGCGUGCCCGCCUACACCGGUAUAGGCGUCGAGAGACUUGACCAAGUGUUCCGGGGCUGUCCCAAUGUUAACCUAGAAACGCGGAGGUCGUCUUGUACCGCUUUCGCGUCAGAGCUCAGCGGAUAGGGUUCAGAGGGGGCCGCCGGUGGAGAUUCACCGCGACAACCGCUCCGCCGUGCGGCGCAGCAGGGCCGUGUGUGCUGCGAUUACUCGGGAAACCAAUAACGGAUUCCCUAGGGGACCUGUUCAGACGCCCGGCUCUUUUUAGACCUGUCCCACCCGAUGGGAGCUUUGUGGUGUCGGUCGGGGUGACACGGACGACGCGGUCGCCGUCUACGAUCACAUUCAGGCGAUAUGUCGCUAUAUAUCGAACUUUUGGGGGUCAUAAUAGACACCGUCGCCACUGUCCGGUUAUCGACUCUGAGUGUGCCAAUACACUACAAUUGCCUAUCGGUUCCAGUUGGGGCAUUUGGUGGUAGAUGAGGAGCGCAACCAAAAAGUGGGUGAGUACGGCCAAUAACAGCCAAAUGGGAAUGGGAGCACGGGACAAUGGCGAUAGAGGAGGAAACACUAAUCGACAUUAGGGCCCCCUAAUGAAGUUUAGUGGCUCGACGAGGCGCGAAUUGGAGACUCCGCGAGCCGCCUGGUCCGAGGCAGGGUCGGGAGAACACUCUGUGGGGAGGGGGCGAGGACGGGGAGGGAGGGGGAAACGGGACGGAGGGGACAGCCGUCAGUCUGCGGCAGAGGCCGGCGGGGAGCGGAGAUGGACCGCGGACAGCGCGUCCCCCGCCCACCAUCCCCACACAGCGGCCCCUUUUCCUUUCUUUUUCUCUCCUUCUCUCGUUUUUUUUUUUAACUCCACUCCUGCUUCGUUGUCUUUGUUAGUUGUCCCCAGUAAUAGGUACCGUCGUCUCACCCAAGGUUGUGGUAGAUGAGGAGCGCAACCAAAAAGUGGGUGAGUACGGCCAAUAACAGCCAAAUGGGAAUGGGAGCACGGGACAAUGGCGAUAGAGGAGGAAAC